AGAGAGUUCUACUACAUUCAGAUGGAGAAGUAUGCGAGGCAGGCGAUUGCGGAGGGGGUAAGGUGCGCUUCGAACCUGCACGUCACGUCCGACAGUGAACUCUACCGAAUCCUCGUCCUUCACUACAACAGGAAUCACAGAGUUGAGGUGCCAGACAACUUCCGCGCCACAGUGGAAGCCACACUGAGAGAGUUCUUCAAGUCGAUCCAAGCGGAAAAGGAUCAGGAGCAGUCGUGGAAGAAGGCCAUCUACAAAAUCAUCGCCAGACUCGAUGACGUCAUCCCGGAACACUUCAAAAUGUCCAACUGGCUGGAACAGGUCGUCGAUAGCUGA